AUGCAGGUCUUCCGGCACGUCGUUUUUGGCCUCCUCAAGGACCUGGCCCUGUUCGCAUCUGCCGCCGUCAGUGUGGCUGGCGCAAAAGGCAAACGCACAUCGAGCGCCACACUUCUCAACCAGCUGAUGUCCUUUGCUGCGGUGGCCGGCAUCACGAUGUCUGGCGCGAUGCAAGCCCCAAUCUUCCAGCAUGACAUGGAGAAGUCCACCCAGGAAGUGCUCGCACUGUGGGAGGAAGUGCUCAGCUACCUGUGUUUGCCGGUUGCCUUCGCACAGGGGCAAACGCCCGGUGAGGCCGGCGCGUCAUGGGAGGCUGGCACUGCAUUGGAUGAAGUUUGUGCUUCCUCGGGAUGCGACAGGAGUGCUUACUUGGAAGCCUUGGAUUGCAGCCAACGCUCCAGCGUGCACACAUCCUGGCCUCUGUUUGGCCAGUGA